UGAGAACUAACUUUUCUUAAAAGGGAGAACCUUUUUAUUUUUCUCACUCAAUCAUUUAUAUUGCAAUCCCACUCAUAACGAUUAUUACAGAACUGGCUCUCAGGUUGUUCAGUAAAAAGUCAAAGACCAACAAAACAACUUGUUUGGAAAACAAUGUCGUUCGUUAACACCACCACGCCUACAGCUCAAACCGACGUCGUUAGUGAGUUAGUAACAUUGUUUUAUUUCGAAACAACGAAUGUCGUUUCCAAUGGGGGUAUUUCACUCUUGCCGACGGUUUCGUACAAACAUCGCAUCAUAGUGAGCGCCCUGCUUCUCUUUGUAAGCCUCUUGGGCAUGGCAGGGAAUUUUCUCGUGAUCCUAUCCGUAAUGGUCUCUAAGAAAUUGCAGACGCCAACCAAUGUGUUAGUCGUCAGUCUUGCCGUUGCCGACUUGAUGACAUGCCUCAUCAUCCCCUUACAAGUGGUGAUGCUGCUCAGCCAGUCCGACUGGCCACUGCCAGAGGUAGUAUGCAAGGGUAUCGUCUAUAUGUCCUACGCCGCUAUAUGCUGCAGUGUCAUGACGCUAACCGCCAUUGCUAUCAUCCGAUGGUACGUUAUCACCCGUUCCGUCCAUGGCUACCACGGUAUCAACACUCACCGGAGUAUGAUCACCGUUGCCAUCAUCACCUGGAUCGCAUCUUUUAUUGCAAUGGUAACCCCUCCAUCUCUUGGUAUAGGAUCUGUUGGCUAUUCAGAGUUCUAUCGACUGUGCUCUGUUACGGAUGACAACCCACUUCGAGCAUUCUACGUCCUCAUCCAAGCCAUCAUCUUAGUAUUGGCCUUAUUCGUCACCGCGGUCUUUUACAUCCUCAUUCUUCACUUCGUCAUGAAGAGUACAAAAUCAUUCCGCACCAAAUUUAGAGAAGACGAGGCUCCCAAAGGCACUAAGGAAAACCAGUCCAACACGACUGAAAAUGGGAUGUCAACCAACGCCCGUUUCAACAAGCGAGAGAUCGAAAUCACCAAAAACCUUUUCGUUGUCGUAUGUGUGUUUGUACUCUGUAUGUCCCCACAAGGAGUCAACUUCAUCAUCCCUGGUGCCAGUAUCUUCACCCUCUAUUCGGGGGCAAUCAUGUCCUUUAACAGUACCCUUAACCCAAUUAUCUACGGUCUCAAGCACCCCAACUUCAAGGAGGUAUUCCGUUUUUUGCUUACCUGUAAUGUAUCUGGCAUUUCGCAACCUGUAAAUAAGGCUAAGGCUAAGAAUGACACACGUUCAACCAGUCUAACAACAAAUAAGCCCAAUUAAGUCAUUAUCUCUAAUUUCUAUUAAUCUUUAAAUGUACAGUUUUAAAAGGGAAGGCUGCCAACAAUGUCAAUAGAAUCAUAGUACUCUCGAGUUAACUCACGUGCUGUCAACUGUUCUUGAUAUUCAUUCUUAGUGAUACAAAAUUGAACAUUUGUAUGCAGACCAUUUGAUCUCUAGAGGUAAUUAAAAUGUUUGGGGUCAAUAUGUUAUAAUUGUAUUAUUUAGCAACAUAUUUAAAGCAUGCGCUAAAAUAUUGUUAAUAGUAUAGUUUGAAAACAGGUAUUUAUGAUGCUGUGUAAAUAUGAUAAACUUACUUGAUAGAUCAAUAAUUAACUUUACCUAAGUAUCUAGGAAAGACCAUACCUAUGUACAAUCAUGACAAAUACAUGAUUGAAAAUAACGAGCAUUUUUAAAACACUCUUAAUUAUACAUUUGCGUUCUUCACACUUUAUAUGAAGGAAACUUUAGAGGAAGUAAACAAAUUGAAGUGGAUAGUUUGUUGUCAUAAAUAUUGUGAAAGUGUCUAGUGUUCUUUUUAUGAAUUAUGACAGUGUAGAUGUGACGAUUCACAUAAUGUGCACCAUGAACACAUUGUCAGUUCGAACACGUAUACAUAAUCACAUAAUAAUGCACCGUAACCAUGGUAACGAUGAUAACACCCAUUUAAAUUCAGCACAAAUGUUUUGAUCACACUGUCAUGCCUAUACUGCUACAGAUGCACCGGUCAGACCAACCGAAAAGGAAUAUAUCUGAUAGUUUAAUCCGGAUAGAAGACAAUUCGUCGGUUUGGCGUCGGUGUAACCGUAAAGGCACUCCUUAGCACUGAUCCACGAUCCGAUUUUGGAACAAAUUGCAUUUUGUUCACUUUCUGAUAAUGUGAAUGAAGAGUACAUUUUUAUUCGAAUAGAUUUUAAAUUUACUUUCAUUCUAAUAAGGAUGAUAACAUAGUCACAUAUAUAAUUGGUGAUGACAAUGACAUGGAUGAUUUAGAACACUACACAUUAAAAAUAUUCCAUGUUUCAAUAUUAAUAUCAAAUUCUAAUACGUUUUAUUAAUAAAUCGUGUCGCAGAGCAAUCGUAAGGUGUGCGGUGGUUUUACAUGAAGCAAUGGUAUGGUGAAGCGACGCACAGUGGGCCGGGGCGAAACAAAAGUGCGCCAAAAGUCAUUUGGGCAAUUUCAGAUGUUUCAUUUUGUCAUGCCCAGCUGAAAGUCAACAGUUUGAAGAAUACUUCAGCAAAAUAUUUAAUUCCGGAAUAUUGUUCUACCUCAAAUCUUAAAAUGUGACAUUUUGCGAAAUGACGCGUAUAUGACAACCUAGUUGAAAAACAAACCAUUUCACAGAUUGUUUUUCAUGUAGGCUCCCACAUGAUUCUAAUAUAUACUUUUUCGUGUGAAAGGUGUCAAAGUAAAUAAAAGACACUCAGGGGGCUUAUAUGAUAAUUAUUCCUCGAAGUAGGCUGAUAAUCCAUGUUUUUUUUGCAUUUAUAUUAAAAACGUUUAAAUUUCCGUAGAUUUCCGUCUAAAUUCUAUCAGCAUCAUUUUCCCCGAUGUCUAAGCUUUAAGUUGGUACCAAAUUUAGCUGCCCGUUUUUUACCGUUUUAUAUUAGAGUCGAUUUUACUUGGCACAUCACCCCCCCAAAAAAAAAGGCCAUUGUACACCGCGCAGUCAUCGCAGCUCAUCGUAUUGGGUGUACAUCGCCGUUCAAUUUUGCACGGCGAGGGCGAUUCCCCUUCUAUUCCAUGAAAAUGACAUGAAUAAUAAGAAGGUUGAUAACGCAUUAAGAACUAUCCACCCCUCUUCCAGAGAUAACAGCAAAAAAACCCUCCUCAUAGUGAUACAUUCGUGGUGUAAUAACAUGUAUACGCUGCGUUUUACCCAAGUCUACAUAUCUUGAUAAAGAACGGCUAAUAUUUUCAGAUUUUUUUAUUUUUUAUUUAAUGACCAUUUUGAUGCCAUAAAAUUAUUUUCAGGAUUUCAUACACACUUUUUAGGCAUGUGAGAAGCAUAAAUCAACUUUCACUCAGGUCAAUCUUAAAGUAACACAUAACACAAAGUUUAUAUAAUAGUAGCGUAAUUUGUCUUUUCACAGAUAGGUUUUAAGUAGCCAAUCAAAAUUUUGUAUCUAGAUGACGUCAUAUCGGCUUCAAAUUAUGUUCAGUCGAUUCUACGCCCCAGAUUACCCCCUUAUUACCAUGUUAAAGUAUAAAAUAUCACACGGAAUAUAAUUUUAGCGCACUUUCAAAUCAUCCUGGCCCACUGAGCGACUUUUGAAAUUUAUCAUUGUUUCGAUAAUGUAAUAAAUGCUAUUCAUAUUUAUUUUUACCGUACAUGAGUUUGAUGUAGUGUAGAAGUAUUUUCACGUUAACAGUUGUUUGUUUUACUUGGUAUCAACCAUGCUUGAUCUGGGUAUAAUGUACACUCUAAACAAAGGUUUACCCAAUAUUGGGUAAAAUUGGA